ACAAGACGUCACUAAUGAUUUCCUUUUAACCAUUUCAACUCGUGUUAACCGCAUGUACUUAUUGUAGUAUCGCUAGUGAAAGCCUGUAACGUUAUGUCAUUUUAGUACAAGAGAAGCGCAUCGCCUGCAUGUCGAUGCAUUUCCUUUUGUUUAGCUGUGUGAACCGAUAUGGUUUUAUACCAGCCAUCGCUAAAUGCUUACACUUUUGUAGAGGAAAGCAUUGGCUUCCUUUCAUCGGUACAAAUGUAACAGAAAGAACCGCUGGACGCCUUGGUUGACUAGAUAUGUAUGCUAUCUCCCACAACGUUACACGUUGUUCAGCCAAUAAUCAUAGCGUGUUUGUGCUAUGGCAGACAUGGCUAUAACGUUUUUUCUAUUAAUAUGGUCGCGUUACCAGAAACCGAAUCGGUUUUGGCUUAAAUCGCCGUAGAUUUGUGUCCCCAAUUGUAUCAAUUGUGUUGUUUACAUCCGGUAGGCCAGCUGUGUUGGCUAAUUUGCAUUGCCUUUGUUGAAUGAACUUGUGGCCACUCAUUGGCAGUGUGUCCAAAGCCAUGUCAGACUAAUUCUCUAUCUCCAUUGUUCGUUAUCAAACUCGAAUAACUCAUAGUCACUAACAUAUGAAUCACGUCCCACAUCAUAACACCCAUUUGACUGUGUUCUGUGUCUCACAGGACUGAAUUUAUGGAAACAUGUCAAAGAAACGGGGAAGGAAGCGCAGCAGCGGGGAACUGAGCGAGAGCUGUGCGUCAACGCUCACCCCGGACCCCGACAACCUGCUGGGCCUGAGGAUCCAGCACACGUGGCGGGAGAAAGGCAACCUGACGACGUGGAAGGGCACGGUGCUGGAGCGGCUCACCGUGAGGAACACGCUGUACAUGGUGAAGUACGACGGCUUCGACUGCGUCUACGGCAUCGAGCUCUUCAAGGACGAGCGGGUGUCCAAUCUGCAGGUGCUGUCGGAGAAAGUCGUAAACAACAAGAUCAAGGUGCCCCCGGGAGCGGAGGAGCUGGUGGGACGGGCCGUGGAGCACCUCUUUGAGAAGGAGGAUGGGGAGAAGAACGAGUGGAGGGGCAUGGUGCUGUCCCGGGCCCCCAUCAUGACCCACUGGUACUACAUCACCUACGAGAAGGACCCCGUGCUCUACAUGUACCAGCUGUGGGAUGACUACAAAGAUGGAGACCUGCGCAUCCUCCCAGAGUCCGAGAACAAGCACCUGCUUCCCGCGGACAGGAAGCCCGGCGAGGAGACGGAGAGCCUGGUGGGUAAGCAGGUGGAGUAUAUCACAGACAAUGGUCUGAAGAGAACAGGCCUGGUGAUCUACCAGGUCCCGGCCAAGCCCACCGUCUACUACAUCAAGUACGACGACGACUUCCACGUCCACGUCUAUGACCUGGUGAAGACCACCUAGUGCUAGUCCAAGCCCCCCGUCACAGCCCCGUUAACCCUGCAGUACAUAACCAGGGGCUCUGAUCAUGUACUGCAGUGUUAACGGAGCUGUUUAACCAACGGGAGAAUACGAGCCCCAGCUAUAUAGUUAGGCCCUACAGGUAACUCCUUUAUAAGUUCAUACUGGCAAGUGAACGCUAUUUCUAUUUAUUUGAAUGGCACUUAACCAACAUUUCGGUUUUGGUACUUUGUUUCUCAUUAACAACAAGAGGGGUACAGAGGGAGUGCUUCACUUAUUUUUUGUUUAGUCUCACUAUUGAAACUCCAAAAUCUUGUUACAUAAAUCCGAAUCCUACUUUAACUUCUUUGCUUUAGUGGGCAUUUAUUUUGUAUGCAAUGCUAUUUAUUUCAUCUUGAUAUGGUUGUACUGGUCAUCGUACAAUUUAUUUUGGUGAAAUGUCAAGUGCUUCAUAAUGUGCUGUUAUUCCCACGUCAGAAUUCCUAAUAAUCAAAGAGAAUUCAAACCUAGAUGAGAUCCUUCAUGCUCGUUAGCGCACAUUAUUUAAACUUAUUUUAUAUCUAACUGUAUUCAGAUAGGGAACAAACCGAAUUUCUAUUGUCUCAUCUUGAGAAAUCCGUAAUUGUUAUUUGAUAUACUAUUAAAAUGUUUAUCUAAAUGUGUCCCAUUAUCUAGAUUAUAAUUUGUUACAGGCAUUUGUAUGUUGGUAAAUCUUUCUCUUUGCCAUAAAGGAAUACUGUGACAGGGAUGUACCAAUAACGAGACUUAUGCAUCUGAUAUCAGUUCAAAACAAGGUUGUACUAUGGUAUUGUAUACCUUUUUAAGAGCAUUUCCUCUGAUACAAACAAUGUGAUGUCUGUGAUUCUUGGUCUUCUAUAAAAUAUUGAAUUGGUUGAUACUUGGUUAUUAAUCUAAACCGACGGACUGCGGAAAACAGUGGUGGUGGUGCAUCCCUGGUGAUCUUAUCAUUGAGUUAUCAUUUACUGUGACCCUGCAUGUGUAUUGUCUUUUGUAAAUAUAAUGUUAAACAUUUUUAAACAACAUCAUGUUUGGUUUUUGUAC